AUGUCUGCUGUUCUGACUAUCCUGGGCUAUCUACCGCGAUUUAUUCGAGAACGUCUUGUGCCCACGAUGCUUAUUCCUGAGAUCAAAAAUGACCCAUCCAAGGUCCAACUGGCACGGCUUUCACACGUUUACUUUGAGCACCCAGAUCUGAAGAAGUUCGCCAAAUUUGCAGAGGAUUUUGGAUUUGUGAAGGCUCACGAAACGAAAGACACCAUCUACUUCCGGGGAUAUGGAAAAGACCAAUACGUCUACGUCGCCAAGAAGAGCAAGGACGGCAAACCACAUUUUGGAGGUGGCGCAUUUGUGGCCCAAUCUGAAGAGCAAUUCGAGAAGGCCAAAAAGAUCGAGGGCGCGCAAUUGAAAGAUCUGGACGGACCUGGAGGCGGAAAAAUCAUCACGUUUGCCCGCCCAAAUGGCACUUUCAUGCACGUCGUUUAUGGACAAACUCCGAGAGAGGUGGACACGACCGAAGUCCCGACCGCUACACACGAACAUCAAGGCCCAUACAACUUGCCUUUUGAAAAACACAGACUGGGACAAUUCCAGCGAUAUCACAGUGGUCCAGCUCUUGUGCACAAACUCGGCCAUUAUGGAUACGUGUGCAAGGAGUUCGACCAAGAGCUCACCUUCUAUACAUCCAACUUUAACUUUGUCCCAACCGAUAUUCUAUACCAUCCACAAUUUUCGAAUAUCGACGUCCUGACAUUUAUCCAUCUGGACCUUGGAAAGGAGUGGUCAGACCACCACAUUCUCUUCCUUCAAAGAGCCCCCCCCGAUGUCAAGCAAACCUACAUUCAUCACAGCUCUUACGAAGUCGCUGAUUUUGAUACUCAACUUAUUGGUCACGAGUGGCUGGCAAAGAAAGGAUGGAAGAGUGUUUGGGGUGUUGGUCGUCAUGUUUUGGGAAGUCAGAUCUUUGAUUACUGGCAAGACCCCAGUGGUUAUAAGAUUGAGCAUUAUGCCGAUGGUGAUGUUGUCAAUACCGACGUGGAAACCAGGAGAGAGGUUGUUGGACCUCUUUCGGUCUGGGGACCUGAACUGCCAAAGGACUUUGGUACUGAUGGGACUAUCGUUCCUCUCAACUAA